AUGUCCAUCACCAUGACAGGCUAUGACCGCACAGGUCUCAGGUCAUUGCAUCCUAGUCUCAUUCAUCUCCAAUUACAAGAAAUCAUGAACUCCAUCUCUCAUCUCCUUCGAAUCACCACCGGCAUAUCUCUUGAUAAAAAUAAUACUCUAGCGCAAGAGGCGCUCCAGUUCGAGCGAAGCACUGUAACGCCAGGUGGAAAGGCAGCAGCGCAUGCUGCUACUGUUCCUCCAGAGAUCAUUCAUUUGAUCGUCAACUAUCUUGAUAACAAAGAUCUGGUUAAAGUGAUCACCCUCAAUUGGACAUGGGCACAUAUCGCUGCCGCCAAGCUGUGGCAAGAGGUCCAUUUCACUGUCAACGCUCACAGAAUCGUGUUCCUCAUCACCAAAAGUAUUCCUCCUCUUGUUCCAACAGACGAAUUGCUGCAGUUAUCGUCUGGCGAAACUUCGUCCUCAAUUGCAUCAUCAUCUCCAAGCGCUGAUUUGAGCUCUUCGUCUCCCCCAGCUGGCUGCCUCUCAUCAAUGGAUUCGUCGGAGAAUCAAGCUCCAUCAAGAAGAAAUUCAUAUCCAUGGCCAACUCUCUUGCCUUACCACUCUAUGGUCCAGUCAUUAAAAGUAUCACUGUCGAGCACAGACAUGAUCCAAGACCUUAUGGAAAUUAUUCCGUGUUGUUCAGAAUUGAGAUCGUUCUCAAUUCAAUCUGCUGUGCCCACAGAGGACCUCUUGAUGCGAGGUGUCAUUGCCUCUGCUUGCAAUGACUUUAUUGACCCAUUGCAUGAGAUUCGUACAUCUGUAUCACCUGCAUCAAUAGCCAAGCAAUUCUCUCAUGCAGCCAUACCACCAUCUCGUCAGCAUCACACUCAUGUUCACACGCUCAGUGUUGAUCCAUACAAUUUGACAACAGCUCCGCGUGCAGGGCUUCGGGCGACAGAUGAUGAAACUAUCAUGGCAUCAACCACAUCUCAAAGUGGGAUCCUGUUUAAGCUACUGGCCAAGUCAUGCCCAAAACUAGAAAAGCUGUGGUUCUCAGGUUUUCAUCCAGUAUCUGUUUUAGGCGCUCCAACAGAUCUCAGAUCUCGUCCCGCGAACAAUUUUGACGCCAUUUUAGACUAUGAUCUAGGAAAGCUAUCUUCAUCUCCUCAUAUGCAUGUAAAUGGCGGUGCUGAGCAUGCGGGUACCUCAAUGGCAUUUGUUCAACCACCCAUCGCAGCCACCUCUAAUGACGAUGGACAUCACACAGUUCCAUAUGCAGCUAAUUCUACAUGUAGCACUACCACUAACCCCAGUACUACUUCUAUUCAUCCUUCCUGGACCAAUACAGGGUCUAGUGCUAUCCCACCAUUACCUACUUUCACCCGCAGCAACAUUUGUGGACAGUCUAUGAUUAACAUUCUUCAGUUUGUGGACUGCACACUUCCAUCACAAUACCUUCUCACCAUGAUUCAGCAUUCCCUUCCUAACCUUACAGCUCUCCAUUUGACGCAAUGUUGGCCAAAGGGCCCUAUAAAUGGAUCGUUCCUAGUAUCUCUAGCCAAGAUUUGUCCAGGACUGCGUGAUAUCACGUUACAUGCUACACAGUCUCAUCGGGCUGUGGUCUCGUCCGAACAUGUAUUACAAAUGUUGAAAGGUCUAGAGGAUGGGCAAAUACGGCGUACUGCAGAGAUUGAAGCGUCUGUCCUGGGCCCAAUUACAUCUGCUGGAUACAGGCCAUAUAGCAGGCUUAAUGGCGAAGAUGCGAGCGUGGGCUCCAGUGCAGGUGUCAAUGCAGGAGCUGUAUCAUUAGCAGAAUUCCCGUUAGGUGCUUUAAGUGGGUCAAAAUACAAUACCCUCUCUAUCUCAUCAACAGCAGCCACAGCUAGCUCAUUAUCUAUGCCUAGCUCUAAUUCGAGUUCAUCCUCUGCGCUGGCCAACCUGCCGUCAUCAACAUUCCCACCAGCAGAGUCCAAAUACAAUGGUGGAGAUAUCAGAACUGACUCUCAGGACCAGCCUGUAGACAUUUAUGGGUCAUUACGGUCAUUGGAUUCCUUGCCUCAAAUAGCCUCCGCCCUCGAGUCGGUUUCAAUCUGGUUUACACACUCAAUAUUAGACCAAGCUAUUACAGAUGAACUGGCAAAUUCAGAGCGGCAUCCAAAAUUGAUACGUGUAGUGUUUGGAAGCGAAGAUACGUUUGAUUCAGGCGAAGAGUGUAUCAAACAGUUGCGUCAGCGUCGUCCAGAACUGGCCAUUUGCUCUUGGGUUGGAUAUGGUGAUGCUGGUGAAGACAACUAUGAUUAG